AGUGACAUGUACAUUUCCUGGGUGAGCGACUGUGACACUACAGAGGGACUGACUGCACCAUGUCUGCCGCUGAGUUCCGGAAGAAGUUCGAGGCUGAGUGGAGCCUGAUCGGCGCACCGAUGCCCGACAGCCUGGACUGGAAGUCUGUGUACGAGGCGAAGCCGCUCGGGAGGAAUCUACUGAGGAACCCUGCGCCUUUCGGACUGAGUAAGGAUACUCCUCCCCCUGAACCUGAGUUGCAUGAUGUGCCAAUAAGAGGACCUCCACGUUUCCAACCUGACGGUGACUACACUGGAUGGACCACAAGCACAGAGGUCCUCCCCUAUGAUAGCAGCGGCAUCCCACCAGGUGUUGUGAUCUGUGAACUGCCUCGAUAUAGCUGGUUCUCCAUGGAGCAGGUUGUGGACCUGAAGGCAGAGGGACUGUGGGAAGAGAUGCUGGAUGAAUUUCAGCCUGAAAUAGUCAUCCAAGACUGGUAUGAGGAGAGUCAGCUGCAUGAGUUCAUCUAUCAGCUGCAUGUGAAGUUACUGGGUGCAGACAAAAGCACAGUGAUCUCAGAGCACACUGUCAACCCCACUGAAGACUGCAGCAUUUACUCACACACCUGGAAAGAGGUGUCGCAUGUGUUCUCCAGCUAUGGACCUGGUGUGAGAUACGUUCAGUUCCUGCACCGACUGAAGAAUAGUUUCAUGGUGGAGUUCUUCCCCACACUGUUCACUGGCAGCUCAGUGAUUGUCAGACCAGUCAAAACCAGCUCCUGGGCUGAAUCCUGCUGAAAUGCUGCAAAACAGUCACAGCUAACACGCUCCAUCUAAUCAACCUGAUCGACACAUAUUUGCUUUUAGACUAGUUAAUCUAGGUUUGAUUUCAUGCACUUUUAAUUAUCAUUAUAUUUCUAUACUGUCUAUGCUGAUUGUGAAGGGUGACUUAAUUCUUUUCUAUUUUGUCAUUUUCUAAACAAGGGGGAGGGGAACCAUUUGUGUUGUUCAAAAGGAAUUAUAUACUGUCGUAUAAUAAAACUUCCAAAACAA